CAACACAACGCCAACUCGACCCUUGCUGAGUAGAAUCGCCCAGCAACAACCGUCAAGAUGCCGUUCCACAAGUUGGUGAAGAACAGCGCGUACUACAGUCGCUUCCAGACCAAGUACAAGCGCAGAAGGUCUGGCAAGACCGACUACUAUGCCCGCAAGAGGCUCAUCACCCAGGCCAAGAACAAGUACGGCGCUCCCAAGUACAGACUGGUCGUCCGCUUCACCAACCGCGACAUCAUCACCCAGAUCGUGACCUCUGAGAUCGGCGGCGACAAGGUCUUCUCCUCCGCCUACUCUCACGAGCUGCCAGCCUACGGCAUCGAGCACGGACUUACCAACUGGUCUGCCGCUUAUGCCACCGGUCUGCUCCUUGCCCGCCGUACCCUCAAGAAGCUCGGCCUCGACGAGGAUUUCGCCGGUGUCGAGGAGGCCGAUGGCGAGUUCUCCCUGACCGAGGCUGCCGAGACUGAUGAUGGCGAGCGCCGCCCCUUCAAGGCGUUCCUCGACGUUGGUCUUCACCGGACCUCGACUGGUGCGCGCAUCUUCGCCGCCAUGAAGGGUGCUUCCGACGGUGGUAUCCUCGUUCCCCACUCGGAGAACCGAUUCCCCGGCUUCGACAUUGAGUCCAAGGAGCUGGACGCCGAUACCCUCAAGAAGUACAUCUUCGGCGGCCACGUUGCCGAGUACAUGGAGUACCUCGCCGACGACGACGAGGAGCGCUACAACAGCCAGUUCCAGAAGUACGUCGAGGACGACAUCGAGGCUGACGGUCUCGAGGACCUGUUUGCCGAGGCCCACAAGGCCAUCCGCGAGGAUCCCUUCAAGAAGCACGAGAGCGAUGCCCCCAAGAAGACCAAGGAGGAGUGGAAGAAGGAGUCCCUGAAGUACCGGACCAAGAAGCUCACUUACGCCGAGCGCCAGGAGAGGAUCCAGGCCAGGAUUGCCGAGUUCCGGGAGGAGUAAGGUACCUGUUACGGUGGAAGGAAUGUUCACACGGCUGGUUUCUCGUUAGGAGUUCUCAUGCAUAUCAGGGCACGGUCAAAAUGAAUGAAUGGGGUUACUCAAAAGCCAAUCCUUGUGACUUAUGCGAAUGCAAAGUGUUCAGGGUCCUUUUUGUGUGGCGCCAAGAACCGCGAUAUGUGGAUCAAUGUCGUCAUCGCUGGACAAUCUUCCCACAUCUUCCCACAGACGCCUCACGCCACAUACAUAGAGCACUUGUCACGUUGCCCAAUAGUUCCUCACCCCAACCCUAGCAUGUGCCGACCUCCUAUUACACUGCCAGUACUCGUACGGACG